UGUUGAAAAAAAUUAUGGACCUUCGAAUUAGUAUGACACAAUCUGUCAUCUUUUCUUUUCCUCUUAGAAAGAAAAGAAAAAUGAAUGGGACAAUGUGAUGUCGGGUUGGUUUGCUGGAACCAAAAACAAAAAUUCCCCUCUAUGUUGUUCUCAUCUUUGCUUCGUAUAUGUAUUCCUGUAGUCGAUUGCGUAGCAUACUAAUAAGCUGUGAAGUGGAUCAUGUCCUGAUGCUACAGUUUGUUCCGAUAAUGUUCACGCAGGCCAGUCGGUAUUAUGAUUCUUUUCCAUGUAGCUCAUCAUAUGUGUGUAUCGAGCUGACAAGCAACAACAAAUUGAUGUUGAGAAAUCAAAGUCUUCUUGCCUCUAGUAAUACAACAACAAAUCUCAUUGGCAACCAAAGAGACACUUGGAAACAAGAAUUGAAAGUCCCAUAUGAACACGAAAAUGACAAAUUUCCCCAAUUUCGACGGGUGCAGGAGAAAAAAGAAAUUAGAAAACAGGUUUUGCCUUUCUCUCAAAUCCACGGACAACUCGCUAUGCUAGAUGCGCCUGUUUUCUCCAGCGUGGACAGAAUGGACAAGAAGCAGAUUAACGACGACGACGCUAUUUCCCGACAAUGCAGUGGCGUUACAACUCGAGAGAAAUGCAGGGAGACAAUCAGAACGAAGAGCAAAACUUUACAUACAUAGAUGCCUUGAAAACCUGGGAGGGGCAAGCCAAUCCUUUCCCUCCUACUCGAAGAUAUGAGAAAAGCAUGGACAAGAAACGGUCAAGGAUGAGAAGUCGAUUUCAGGAAGUUGGUCAAGUUCACAGCGAGAUGGUGAUUAGGCGGCUGAAAUAGGUAAGGAUCAGACUUACAUCACCAGAAAAACUCGUGCGGUACUGACACAACAUUCGAAACUAACCCUGGCUUGAC